UCGGACGUAUUUUGUGAUCAAAAAAGUAUGAGUCGUUUCAAUUGAAAGUUGUUUUUAUUUUUUCAAUAAUUGAAUUCAUAAUAACCUAUCAAUCAAUUGAUUACUUAUAUUAAACCACUUUAUUAAGUGUCCGCCCGAUUAUAGGCCACCGAAAUGGUUACGCCAUUGUUUCCAUCUAUGACUCCGCGAUACGUGGACUCCAAUUGGUUUCAAGUGGACAAACCAAUGGACGAAGAACUAGAGCUGAGUAUUAUGGAGAAAGAGCACAACAGCCAACAACAGGACAUCGAAACCCGUGACUCGGAUCUGAUACCAUCACAGCCUAAUAGUCAAGAAUUUGAAGAGGAAGAAGAAGAAGACGAUGAUAAUGAAGAUGACGACGACGAUGACGAUAAUGAUGACGACGACGAUGAGGAAGAUUUAGAGGCCGACGAUAUUCAUGGUUUUAAUCCCGACUCACCCGUUGGCAAUUCACCCAACUUUUAAAGUCAUAAUCGUUUGAUUAAUUUAAAUGAAAACAAUUUAUAUUUGAUUAUCAAAUCAUAUAAUAAUUAUAUCAAUCAUUUAAGUCAUAAUUAUCGUAACAUUCAUUAAACACACUAUCAUAUUGUUGUUUAGUUUGUAA